CUUUGAGGGUACGGGCUGACUAGGGAAAUUGGUGGGCUGACCAGGGAAAUUGGAGCGAGGGGCUGGAAAUUGGGGCUGACGCUGUCCAUGGACUUUUUUCGAUAUAUAUUUAGGACUCCGGAGCCUGCGCGGCAGCCCCAAAUCCUGAAGGAGACGUCGCCACUGGCAGGCAGGUCCAAGGCAGAGCAGCGGGACCACCUCGACCGGAUUUGCGAAGCGCGCCACGGGGAAAUCAACAGCGACGAAGAAGACGAACCGCACUGGUCGGUACCACCUGGAGCUAAAGAAGUGCUGCCCGCGUUCGAGCUCGACCCGCCGUCGAAGCGAUCGAAGCGCGCUGGCACAAACUACGAUUCUACAGACCACGUACCAGAAAGGACAUGGAUCAAGGUGAAGGGUGCCGCCAUCAAUGACCCGCCCGUCGCUGCGGCUCUCGAUGAGCUGUUCGGCGAGGACGGCGCAGGCCACACUCCGUUGGGAAAAAAACCUAAGCCGAACCCGAAAAGAGGUAUUAAGAAAUACGAGUGGCGCUUCUGCAAGUUUGCCAAACUGGGCUGCCCGAAAGCGUGUCGCAUCUCAUUCAUGGAGAACGGCGACGCCAUCAUCAAACCCAACAGGUGGGGCCACGAGCAUCCGGAGGGCGAUGCUCGUGAAGAGCUAGCUAAUCGAAAGGGCCUGCCACCGACAGCUAAACUUGCACUGAAGCCCUUCGUCGACGCAGGCCACUACAAGAUGGUGGAUUGCAUCGAUACCUUGAAAAAAGGUGGGCAUUUGGGCCCAAACGGGGCAUACUACAACGAGAAGACCCAAAGGAAAUUCAAAAAGAUGAUCAAAAACUACUUGACGUACGCCAUCGAGAAGAAACACGGCAAAGGUGGGAGGUGGUCGUCGGAGUACGGUGAUUUUUUGAAGGACGUGGAGGACGACUCCAAAACUGACGAGGAGGUGGAGGCCAUGGUGGCCAACAAGGACUGGGACACACCAUUUACUUUUGAUGCCAAUAUAUCAGGAGCUCAGAGCAAAAACUUUUUUUGUAGUGCUAACAUCCGCUCUCUUAGCAGAGCUAUGCAACAGGCUUUGACUGGGACACCCCAGGCGUGUGGUGAUGGGACAGGCCGCAUCAAUUUAGAAGGAAGGUCGCUUGUAUUCAUCGGGACCGUCGACCGUGGGCAAUCCUUCCAUCACAUAGCAGCUUUCCUAUUAUCAAAGGGCGAGACGAAGGAGGAGAUUCUGCGUGGCCUCAGAGCCAUCUCCAAGAAGAUUGAUGCUGUUCACAGGGCGAUGCUUCGCCUACCAGCCGGCGAGGCUCUCUACAACGCCAGCGAGCUCGGCGCAGGCUACACAUGGGCUCCGAAGACCGUGAUGAACGACAACUCGGACGCGUUUUUUAGCGCCUGGACCGAGAUCAUUUUCGAAAGAUUGAGGGAGGAGAUCGUGCAGCUCAAGGCCGAGAACGCCGAACUCAGAGGCGAGCAGAUGGACACCGACGAAGAUGAGGAGGCCGAGGACUCGAUGGAGGACGUCGCUUAGUAGAUACAUCCCGCUUCCCCGGGGGUUCCUACACGUCGGGGCCCCGCGUUAAGGAAGCUUUCAUACC